AACUGCGAAAAAAGCAAGAAAUCUGAUGCGAGCUGGGGCAAAUAGUAAAGACGGAUAGAAAGCAGAUCCGAGCCGCAGCGGAACCCAAGUGGAGAAAGCAACCAAAUUAAAGUAAGUUGUGUGUCUGCAUCUCUUUCACUCGUCUACUUCUUUCCUUCCCUGUAUUUUUGGACUUGCAUUUUGGGGAGCGGGAUUUUUUCGCUGGCGGUGUGGAGGGAGUUUUUCUUUCUGUGCUCGUUUGCUUGAGUUUAUUGUAGGGUGCUGGUAGAUAUAGACAUAUAGCAAUGGAGGCGAAUAACAAUAGGCCACCACAUAAUGCUGUUCUUUCCUCUUCAUUUGGUAAUUCCAUGCCACCAAAUCAGAGUUCUUAUCCGCAGGCUGGAGGUCAACAGCAAGGUGGGUAUGGUCCUCGUGCUCAGUUUCAGAUGUCUCAGUUUUCUGCAGCUCAAUCGCAAGCGAUUAUGCAAGCAAAAGCCCAGGCUCUUGCCCAAGCUCAAUCUCAAGCAGCUCAUGCUCAAUUCCAAGCCCAGUUACAUGCCCAAUCCCAUGCUGCUGGGAUGGGCAAUGUUGGUGGUAAUUCACCCUCAGUUUCAACAAGUAAUUCUAGUGUGAAACGACCACCACAGAAACUAGGGCGGCCACCUGGCUCGUUGAAUAACAAUAAUGUCUCGCCGUUGAGAACUAUGGAACUUACAUCUGCUGCUCGUAAGAAGAAACAAAAGCUUCCCGAGAAACAUUUACAGGAUAAAAUAGCAGCCUUUUUGCCUGAAUCUGCUUUAUAUACUCAGCUUCUCGACUUCGAGUCUCGCAUCGAUGCUGCUCUUGCAAGAAAGAGAAUUGACAUUCAAGAGGCGCUUAAGAAUCCUCCUUGCAUUCAGAAAACCCUCAGAAUUUAUGUUUUUAAUUCUUUUGCUAAUCAAAUCCGCACAAUUCCUGGGAAGCCAAAUGCCGAACCACCUACCUGGACGUUUAAGAUAAUUGGGAGGAUAUUAGAAGACGGGGUUGAUCCUGAGCAGGCUGCUCAGAAAUCAAAUCCCAUGGAUCCAAAAUUUUCAUCUUUUUUCAAGAGAGUCACCAUUUCGUUGGACCAAAGAUUGUAUCCUGAUAACCAUAUCAUUAUAUGGGAGAGUGCUCGAUCUCCUGCGCCUCAUGAAGGAUUUGAGGUGAAAAGGAAAGGAGACAAGGAAUUCACUUUAAAUGUACGUUUGGAGGUCAAUUAUAUGCCAGAAAAAUAUAAGCUUUCACCAGCUUUGACCGAACUUCUUGGGAUUGAGGUUGAGACCCGUUCGAGAAUUGUAGCUGGAAUCUGGCAUUAUGUCAAGGCUAGGAAACUGCAGAACCCUAAUGACCCUUCCUAUUUCAUGUGUGAUCCACCACUUCAGAAAGUAUUUGGGGAGGAUAAGCUUAAAUUUGCUAUGGUCUCGCAAAAAAUUUCAAAUCAUUUAGCUCCGCCACAACCAAUACAUCUGGAACACAGAAUCAAGCUCUCAGGAAAUAGUCCUACUGGAAAUGCAUGCUAUGAUAUCUUGGUUGAUGUACCCUUCCCGAUACAAAAAGAAUUGAAUGCGUUACUAGCUAAUACGGAAAAGAACAAAGAAAUUGAAGCAUGCGAAGAAGCUGUUUGCACUGCUAUAAGGAAAAUUCACGAGCACCGAAAGAGAAGGGCGUUCUUUCUUGGCUUUAGUCAAUCACCAGUUGAAUUUGUCAAUGCAUUAGUUGAAUCUCAAAGCACAGACCUAAAGCUUGUAGCAGGUGAAGCAAGUCGUGCUGAGAGAGAGCGUCGAUCGGAGUUCUACAACCAACCUUGGGUUGAAGAUGCUGUCAUCCGUUACCUGAAUCGCCGACCACCUCCUGCUCCUUCUCCCGCCCCUGCACCCACCUCCACCCCCGCCCCCGCCCCUACCCUAGAUGCGCCUGGAAGCACAUGAAAAAGGCAAGGAUUAUGAAGACAAUAGAAAUCAUCAUUUUUCUUGUUUACAAAGCCUUUGAAUGCGCAGAGUUGGGAGAGAUUCAGUCCUUGAAUACUUGAAACCGGACGAAGGUGCUGCCUGGUACUGCAGGCCACAUGAACCCUCUCAAGUUUUCUUUUGCAAUGCUUAUGCAAAGGACUUGCAUUUGUAAGAUGUGCCAGCUUGUAUUACAAAUUAGUACUGGAAAAAUUUGGUUUGCUAUUUUUAAAUAAUUUAAUUAAUUAGGACAUCAUUUUAAAUAUAGUAGUAGUAGUAGUAAUAACAACUAAAUUAUAAUGACUUCUUUCAUACCUGAAUUAUUAUUUUUAUUUCAUAUUUGAUA